AUGGAAGACAUCCGCCAUGUGAUUUUGGAGGAAGACAGCUCAGGCCAAGGAAACCAACAUUAUGAUCAAGGAAGGAAGUGUGCAGGGACCGUUGAACCAAUGACAAGGGGUCAUCAGGGGCUGCCGAAGCGAAACCUGAAGGGUUUCUCCAUCUCUCGGUCGCCCAAACUAAAAUUCAAGGGCAACAACUUUCGGCGGCCCAAGGGUCCAGAUUUUCAGGGCCGGCCCAGAGAUGAGCCCAUUAUCAACGAGGCCCAACGAGUGGAGAGAUCUGAAGCUAAGGUGGGAGGGCAGGCUAUUGCUUUCACUGGGCGGCAUGGGCCGAGCUCGUCCAACUUGGUGACUGUGAAACCUCAGGGCCCAGCGGGCUGGCAGGAUGGUGACGAUGCUGGACGAAGUGCGCCGGGUUUGUCACAAGUGGUGACUGGCAAUCCUCAGGACCCAGCGGCGGCUGCUAUACCGUCGGUGGAUGAUCGCACUCGUCCGCGGAGGCUGAUACUAGAGGAGGAAUCGGAAGAUGAGGAGCUGUGCCUCUUCGCAUCCCUGGAAAAAACGGUUAGCCCAGUGGCUAGAUCACUGGCCGAUGGGGAGCUGAGACCUGCGGGGAAGACUGUUCAGGCUAUGGAGAAGAACCAGCCCAAUCGUCAGAGCAAAAGGAGGUUGAUUAAAGCUCCGAGCAGGCGGCGGCUCCAAGAGGAGGAUGCGGCGGAGAAGAAACAAAAGCAGAAAAUGGAGGAUACUAAGGAGAAAAGAACGCCAAAAAAGAAACCCAGCUUGGCGAUCAUUGACAAUGGGACUUGGGUAGAGGUCCCGGUGUUGGCCGCGGCUGAUGUCUCAUCCCCUGUUAAUGAUCGAAUUGUUUUGGGGGAAAGCUUGAAGAAGGCAGCGGGGGAGCCGAGCUCGGAGGAAGAAGAUAAUAAUUUUGAAAUUAAAAGUCGAAGGCCGAUGGCAAAGGCUGGACAUGUCCAGCAGGUGGUGCGCGCCUUUGAAGCUGGUUUGAAUUUUGAGAAUUCGCCCUCCCCUCGGCUGCAGAGUGAGAAGCUUUCAGCUCUUGGCGGCGAACACAUCGUGCAGCAAGCUACAAUCCCGAAUGAGGAGAUUGGAGAAUUGAAUGAAUAUGGGUCGAAUUAUGAGAUCCUUCAAAACAGUGAAAGAAAAAGAUCCUUCCAGAAAGUGGAAGGGGAGGAUAUCGACCUCCCAACACCAAAGCGACAAUUCGUGGAGGAAAGAGACACUGCUGAAACGGUGGAGGAAACCAGCCUAAAGUGGUCCCAGCAGAAUAAAUGA